AUGUCAGAGCCAGACAACAAAACUGGCUCUGGAUCCAGCAUUCAUCGAAUUCAACAGCGAUGGGAGAGUCUGAAUGAGAUGUUCCCAAAUACCGAUCCUGAGCCUGCAGAGCCUCUCGGCUCUGCCGAUGACCUGGAGGCGGAAAUUCGUCAAGCUCAAGCUCAAUUAUCGAGAUUGAAGAAGCAGCGAGAGCUCAUUGAUAUCAAACAGAAAGUUGCAGAGGAGGAGAGGGAAUUGGAACGGGCUCGCACUCGACUUCUGGCCGCGACUACCCUGGAAAUUUCCCCGGCUACCCCAGCUUCGACUCCAUCCAGAUCUGAGCCAAAACAAAACAGCAAGGCUGGUAUUGAUGAAACCCAAAAGAACAUCCAUCCUGCCAGAUCUCAGCAAAUGACUGCUUCAGCACCUCUGACUCAAGCUCCUGAUUGUCCUUCCGACGCUAAGCCGUCCGAGCUCAAGCCUUCGCCUAAACCCGCAAGCAAGCUCGUGUCUGGCCUGAACUUGAACCUGGAGCAAUUGCGAGCCCUCGCAGCAGCUACCAGGUCCCCCGCCGCACCUGCAGUCGUCAAGGCUGAACCCCGUUCCAGCCUGCAACCUUCCGCCCGACCUUUUCAUCCCGAAUCAUCCGUCCAAACCCCGCCGGUGCCCAAUGUCCCGGUAUACAACGGACGGGCUCUGGGUGAGUUCAAGAACUUCUCGAUGGGUCUAGAACGACACUUCGAUAAAUAUCCGGAGUGGUACAAGGUCGAGGAGCGCAAGGUCACACGGGCGCUUAAGCACGUCGCCCUUAAUAUCGAGGAUGAGUGGAAGCGACACAUACGUCAUCUACCUGCUGAGAAGAUCACCUACGGCAGUUUCUGCACCUUCCUUAUUCACCAGCUCCAGACUGGGGUCUAUCCUGAUGUUGCUAGGUCCCGCUAUAUGGAUAGCUAUCAGCGACCGGCCCAGUCCGUGACUGAUUUCUCCAAUUGGAUGCAGCAGUGGGUCCCACAUUUUCCGAAUAACGAUUCGGAGCGUGAUCGCAUGCGCCAUCUCUUUGAACAUCUGAUGAACAGGGUUCGCAACGAGGCUGACAAGACCCAUCUGGACUUUGAUAACUAUUAUGAGUUUGUCGAAUACCUCCAGCGGGUUGAAGAUUCCAUCGGUAGCCGUGCCGAAUCUCUUGGUCGGAGGGUUAUCAACCCUCGAAAGCGGCCUCGCAGCCACGAAUAA